AUGUUCGACGAUGAAGGGGGCCUCGAGUUUCAAGAUAAAUUAAAGAAUACUUACGGUUCAGCGUGCCGAAUACGAGGCCCCUUCGGGGCGACUGAGCUGUGGGUUUCAGACCCACGGGCACUCCAAGAAAUCCUGGUCAAAGGGCAUGAUUCCUUUAGGGAGCCUGAUUGGUUCACCACUUGGCUAGAACUUGUAUUUGGGCCAGUAGUAGCCACGGUCUAUGGACAUCAACACAAAAUUCAGCGCAAAAUCCUAAACCCGGUUUUCACCACAAACCAUACGCCUACCAUAACAACAAUCGGACAAAAGUUCGUUGAGAUCUUGAAAUCGGAAGUUGAAACGAACGAAACCAAUACGGAGAUAAUCGACAUCUUUAAAUGGGUUCACCUGGUUUCUCUUGAGAUCAUUGGUCAAGCAGGAAUUGGCCACUCGUUUGGUAUAUUGGAAGGAAACGUGCCAGACUAUCUGGCCGCUUCUCGUGACUUUUUUGCGUUGAUGGCCGAGAUGUGGUAUUUCCAUCCGUUUGUUACCUUUUUCUCCCGGAUAGGAACUGCUUCCUUUCGACGAGCCAUUGUAGAGUGGAUCCCGCACCGGCCUGUUCAGAGAAUAAAGAAUGUGUCCGAUACUAUGCAUAAAACGGCAGUGGAGAUCAUGAGGCACAAACGAGAGGCAAUGCACAAUGGGACCUUGGACUCGGAGGUGGCGGCUGGAAAGGAUAUCAUGACAGCACUCUUGAGUCAAAAUCUUGUCGUGGCACCUCAUGAUCAGAUGACGGAUGAGGAGAUAUUAUCACAAGUCAAUGGGCUGGCAUUUGCAGGACAUGACACUACAAGCUCUGCUCUCUCGCAAGCAAUCAACAUGUUGGCCGAGUACCAGGAGGUUCAGACAAAACUUCGGGAUGAAAUUCGUACAGCGCACCGCUCUUACGGGAAGAAUCUGGAUUACGACCAACUCAAUUCACUCUCUUACUUGGAUGCAGUUUGUCGAGAGUGCUUGAGGCUUCAUGCUCCGGGAGCGUUUGCAAUCCGUGUCGCAACUGAGGAUUGGACAUUACCUCUCCAUUACCCAAUCAAAACCAAGGACGAAAAGGUCACGCUAUCGACAAUACGGAUUCCAAAAGGUACCACCCUGCAUAUAGCUCUUCGAGCUGCGAACAAGGAUGAAAGAACUUGGGGAGUCGAUGCUGAGGAGUUUAAACCUGAGCGCUGGCUUGAGCCAUUGCCAGCAAGCGUUUCAGAUGCUCGCAUGCCGGGAAUAUAUUCGUCGAUGAUGACAUUCUUGGGAGGACCGCGAGGGUGUCCAGGCAUGAAGUUCUCUCAACUAGAGAUGAAAAUUGUACUCUCGCGCUUGGUGUCGUCGUUCGGUUUCCGUCCUUCCGGAGAUGCAAUCAGGUGGAAGGCUACUGGGAUCGCCAAACCGCAUGUCCAGCGACCCGACGGGAAAUUUAGUGAGACUCCCAUGAUGCCUAUUAGAGUGACUGUGUUGGAAGAGACAGAGUAG